UGCAGUCUAGAGAGUAGGGAGUGGGAGCUGCCUGUCACUUCCACUGCUCACACAGUCAAACCCAAGACACUGCAGUCCUUCCCGGGCGAGCACCACAGAGCAGAGCAGAGGAGAGGAGAGGAGAGCCGAGCAGAGGAGAGGAGAGCAGAGGAGAGGAGAGCAGAGGAGCCGAGCCGAGCCGAGCAGAGGAGAGCAGAGGAGAGCAGAGGAGAGGAGAGCAGAGGAGCCGAGCAGAGGAGCCGAGCAGAGGAGCCAGAGCUGCUGCAGUGUAAGCAAUGGCAGCGAUUCGGAAAAAGUUGGUAAUUGUUGGAGAUGGUGCAUGCGGGAAAACCUGUCUUCUAAUUGUGUUCAGCAAGGAUCAGUUUCCUGAGGUGUAUGUGCCAACUGUCUUCGAGAACUACAUUGCUGAUAUUGAAGUAGAUGGAAAACAGGUGGAACUGGCUCUGUGGGACACAGCAGGACAGGAGGAUUACGACAGACUGCGCCCACUCUCAUACCCUGAUACCGAUGUUAUCCUGAUGUGUUUCUCAAUUGACAGCCCAGACAGUUUAGAGAACAUUCCAGAGAAGUGGACCCCUGAAGUAAAACAUUUCUGCCCAAAUGUUCCCAUCAUUCUAGUAGGGAACAAAAAAGAUCUUAGAAAUGAUGAACAUACCCGGAGGGAGCUAACAAAAAUGAAACAAGAGCCAGUUAAGCCAGAAGAUGGAAGAGAAAUGGCUAAUAGAAUUAAUGCCUUUGGUUACCUUGAAUGUUCUGCUAAGACAAAGGAUGGCGUACGGGAAGUGUUUGAAAUGGCAACACGGGCAGCACUGCAAGUGCGAAAACACAGGAAGAAGCAACGUUGCUCCAUCCUAUAAAUAAAGUCCUAGAACCUUUCUGAAAAGAAUAGAAGAACAAAGUGAGUAGCCUCUUUUGCUGCUGCACCACCUGCUAUACAAUGCCAGAGACUUCAGUAGCAGAGAGCUAUAUGCACCGUUUGUACUGUAAAUGUAUGUAUCAAUGGUUUUGUUUCAUUUGUUUCUCCACAUAAACGUCUAUCUAGCGUUAGGCACGAGUGGGAUUGUGGAAAAGUCUUCAGGAAGCAUAGAAUGUACUUGCCGUGCCUCCUUCUCUCCCCAUAAUCUAUACUCCUUAACAGUCUUGUUUUAUAAGUGAAAAGCACAUGUGGGAUUCUGGGAGUUUGAUUAUUUUUCUGUGCCAUAUUUUUUGUUUUAGAACCUUCUUGAUCUGAUCUCAUCUUUGUUUGGAUUUCCCCUUCUGAAAUGGCUUACUAGACUUAUGAUGGCAAUCUAGUAGCAUUGGAGCAACAUUGGCAUAGGAAAUACCAUUUGUACUUGAUGGGUUAGCUGUAUUUGCAUAGCACAAUAUGAUCAAUAAGCAAGUUGCACUAUCUUGUUAUCCAGGACAUGGUUUCUGCACACCUUUUCAUUUUCAAGUCCUCUCGGUUCUUGUGGUGGUAUCAUUUUUGCCCAGUUCUUUGCUACUUAAAAUGAAUUAUUUCAGUCUUUCAGGCUUAAUAGCUGCUUUAUGAAAUCCAUGCAGUUCUUUAGCUCAAAAAGACUGACUGCUAUGACCCACGGAAUGUUCAUAGAAACUCUGACAAUGUUUGUCUUGUAUAUUGAUAGUAAUCUUCUUGUGUUAAUAAUAGUUCAGACUUAAACAAUAAGCAGUUGUUAUGUUCGAACAUGCCCACAUGUCACAAGAUUGGUAUGAGGGCAAGUUAUAAGUGGUAGAAGACAAAUGGGCUACAGAGACUAGAAACAGGACAGGAAAUUAAACUUGGACAUGAAACUUGUUGAUCUUUUCUCCACUUGUUUUAGUUAUGCAGCCACAGCAAACCUGCAGGUUCCUUGCCCUGUUUUUAUGCCUAUUGCUCACUUCCCUACAAUGUGUGCCAAAAUCGCACAGUCUCCUUGGACCCUUCUUUUCUGGAAGUAGCAUAUACGCUGUAUGCUCCUACUAGACCAGGUUAAGUAAAUACUACUUUGGCUCUCAGUGGGAACCAGGGCCAUACCACUGCACAAGGGUAUUGUUUUAUUUAUAUAUAUAUAUAUGUGUAUAUGAAUAAUAUUGGGGAUUAGUGGGGUUAAAGGGACAAGCCCCAUAGUCCUUGUAAUAAGGCACAAUUUAAACCAUAUACAGUCAUGGCCGUAAAUGUUGGCCCCCCUUAAUAUUUUCAAGAAAAUAAAAUAUUUCUCACAGAACAGGAUUGCAGUAACACAUGUUUUGCUAUACACAGGUUUAUUCCCUUUGUGUGUAUUGGAACUAUACCAAAAAAGCAAAUUGGACAUAAUGUCACACCAAAAAAUGGUCUGGACAAAAUUAUUGGCACCCUUAACUUAAUAUUUGGUUGCACACCCUCAUUGUUGGCCACUUCAGAACUCUCCAGCGCUUUGUUGCCAUCCAUUUCUGGGUGCUUUUUGGACAUAUGUUUGGGAUCAUUGUCCUGCUGGAAGACCCAAGAUCUCGGACGGAAACCCAGCUUUCUGACACUGGGCUGUACAGUGUGACCCAAAAUCCAAUGGUAAUCCACAGAUUUCAUGAUGCCUUGCACACAUUCAAGGCACCCAGUGCCAGAGUCAGCAAAUCAACCCCAAAACAUAAUUGAACCUCCACUAUAUUUCACUGUAGGUACUGUUAUUUUCUUUGUAGGAUGCAUUCAGUUGUCGGUAAACAGUAGAAUGAUGUGCUUUACCAAAAAGCUCUAUCUUGGUCUCAUCUGUCCACAAGACGUUUUCCCAGAAGGAUUUUGGCUUACUAAAGUUAAUUUUUGUAAAAUGUAGUCUUGCUUUUUUAUGUCUGUGUCAGCAGUGGGGUCCUCCUGGGUCUCCUGCCAUAGCGUUUUGUUUCAUUAAAAUUUCGACGGAUAGUUUGCACUGACACUGAUGCUCCCUGAGCCUGCAGGACAGCUUGAAUAGCUUUGGAACUUGUUUGGGGCUGCUUAUCCACCAUCCAGACUAUCAUGCAUGGACACCUUUUUAUAAAAUUUUGUCUUCCGUUCAUACCCAGGGAGAUUAGCUACUGUGCCGUGGGUUGCAAACGUCAUGAUAAUGUUGCACACUGAGGACAAACUCAAAUCUAGAUUUGUUGAGAUUGUUGAUAUUUUUCAACAAUUUUGGUUCUCAAGUCCUCACAGUUCUCUUCUCCUCUUUCUAUUGUUCAUGCUUAGUGUGGCACACACACACACACACACACACACACACACACAUUGCAAAGACUAAGUGAACUUCUCAUUUUUAUCUGCUUUCAGGUGUGAGUAUUAUAUUGCCCACACCUGUUACUUGCCCCAGGUGAGUUUAAAGGACCAUCACAUGCUUGAAACAAUCUUAUUUAUCCACAAUUUUGAAAGGGUGCCAACAAUUUUGUCCAGCCCAUUUUUGGAGUUUGGUGUGACAUUAUGUCUAAUGUGCUUUUUUUCCUCCCUUUUUUGGUUUAGUUCAAAUACACACAAAGGGAAUAACAUGUGUAUAGCAAAACAUGUGUUACUGCAAUCCUUUUCUGUGAGAAAUACUUCAUUUUCUUGAAAAAUUUCAGGGGUGCCAACAUUUACGGCCAUGACUGUACUUUGCGUUUGUGGUUAAGCUAAUAGCAUUUUAUUCUGCAAAAUAUUGGAGGGGGAUCAACUUUUUACAUUGUGUAUUAAAAUAUUUCACUUCCUACUCCUUUGAACCAAGUCUCCCCCACACUAUUGCUAAAUAAUGCACACAUUAUACACCAGCAUUUUUGAUAGAUGGAAUUACCAAUUUGCAGAACCCACCUGUCUCUGUGCUUUGUCUACUGAAUAUUCAUUUUUCCCAUGCUUUGUACAACAAAACUCAGACUAGCUUUAUCUUCUCUCGAGACCUUCAGCUUGUGUUCCACAUUUCUGCCUUUUAAAAUUCCUUUAUAAAAAUAAAGCUUAUAAUUGUAAAAUAA